AGCGUCCUUCAUCAUUCUCGCUUGACUUAUUCUCCAUUAAUUGACAGACGAGUCUCGGAUGGACUCUUUCAAGAUACCCUCAUCUGUCCCUCAGGAUCUCCAACUCAUUCAUGAGAUCAUUGGAGAGAUCUCAAUACCUCCCGUCCAGAAAAGCGCAAGUCCACAGCCAACCUCGGUCGUUUUCGAUGAAGAUAUCAAUUCCAGCGAUAGUGAUAUUGAUAGCGAGAGGGAGGUAGAGGCUAACAUUCUCGGUGGACCUGAUGAGGAAGAGGACGAAUCCCCUCCUAUACCUACGCCUUCCGACUCUGCUAGCACGGAAGAAGAUUCCUCAGACUCGGACUCUGAUUCUGACUCUGAUAUUCCCGCUGCUAGGACAAACGUUAAGCCAGACUUGCCAGAUUUCGAUGAAGAUGAAGACUCUGGACCUACCGUCAGCUCUGAUAAUCCGCUUCGUACCAAGAACGAGGUUCCGGAGGCCGACAUUGUCGUCCCAGACAUAGAGGAAGUGGACUCUUCUGAAGUUCUGGAGAAGGUCGGCGAAGUCUUCAAUAUUGUUGACCGCGUGGUAAUUGUCAUGGGCUCCGCGUCACAUAUUGCCAACAGGGCGUCCGAAAGGGCUCUUGACUCCGAUACUUUGCUUGUCUUUGGUGACAGAAAAGUUCUUGGUUACAUAUACGAGACAUUUGGUCCGACACAUCAACCUUUAUACCAAGUCAAGUUCAACCAGAAGUUCCCAUUGGAUCCAGAGAAGGUUCAUGUUGGCCGGGAGGUGUUCCACGUUGCAGCACGGAGUAACUUUGUCUUUUUGAAUCAAAUCAAGCACUUCAAAGGCAGUGACGCAAGCAAUGCUUAUGACGAAGAGCCGGGAGACGACGAAAUGGAGUUUUCCGACGAUGAGGAAGAGCAAGCACAUAAGCGUGCUCUUCAACAGAAAAGAGCUGGUCGGUCAGGGAGUCUAUCAAGACAUACCACUCCAACGCCGUCUCAACUUCGAGACCAGGAUAUGGCAGAAGACCUAUAUUCGGCCAGCCCGUAUGACCAAAGUUAUAAUGACAUGGAUUUCGGCGCGGGACCUUCUCGACCUAGUCCUAUACCAUACGAUGAUCCCUACUCGGACUCGUAUGGUGUACCAGAGGAAAAGGAAAAGUUACCCUCCACAUCGAAGAGGGGACAAAAUGAUGCUGUUGAGUUUAUGUCUGAUGGACAUAUGGGCGACAACGUUCGACGUCGAGGCAGAGGCCAAGGUCCGGUGCGUGAUCCUGCAGGGCCGAGUCGUCACAACGACCGCGGCAGAGGCAGAGGUCGUGGUCAUCAACGCGACCGUGGUGGAAGAGGUCGCGGGCGUGGAAGGGGUCGCGAUAAUCGUGUCUCCGGUGACGGUAUGCAGCGGCAAGGGAGUUUCUCAGAAGAUAAGCCCGCUGAGAUCCCUCGCCCGUUGUCUCCUACCUCGCUUGCUAUUGCGCGAGCUACAGGACAAUAUACCGAUGGGACGAUAUAUGCCAUGGCAGCCAGCUCACAAGGUAUGGCAGGUGCUCAAAAUGGCUGGGAGUAUCCUCCAACUCCACAGCAGCAGCCGAGUUUUGAUUUUGGGUACCAACAGCCGUUUGUACAACCGCAUAUUAACCCACGGUUUGCAUCGGCUUUUGGACUGAACUUUGGAACGUUCCCCCAACAAGGGAUGGGUGGUGAAAACUAUGGAUAUAGUGCCUAUGGGUCAGAUUAUGGCGUGCCCACAAAUGGCUCUGGUGGUGAUUGGACACAAUCAAAUGAUUCAAGGCAUGACCAGGACCAGACGUAAAUUAUAUCUAAUGUAUUUGCUUGCUGCUCUAGUAUAUCCGUAAUCAUUAAUAUAUUGAGAAGCGAUAUCUCGA